UGGUUUUGGACACUUAGGAUUGGUUUGGAUGCAGGUAUGAGAUAUAGUGGUCAUCAGGAUGCUGGUAUGGUGGAUGGCUUUGAUUAGGACACUGGUAUGGGGUGUGGCAGUGACCAAGAUGCUGGUAUGGGGUAUGGCGGUGAUCAGGAUGCUGGUAUGGUGUAUGGGUGAUCAGGAUUCUAGUAUGGGGUAUGGCAGUGAUUAGGGUGCUAGUAUGGGGUCUGGCGGUGAUCAGGGUGCUGGUAUGGUGUAUGGCAGUAAUCAGGGUGCUGGUAUGGUGUAUGAUGGUGAUAAGGUUGCUAGAAUGGGGUAUGGCAGUGAUCAGGACACUGGUAAGGUGUAUGACAGUGAUCGGGAUGCUGGUAUGGGGUAUGGCAGUGAUCAGGGUGCUGGUAUGGGGUACAGUGGUGACCAGGAUUCUGGUAUGGUUUAUAGCGAUGAUCAGGGCACUGGUAUGGGGUAUGGCGGUGAUCGGGGCAUUGGCAUGGGAUAUGGCGAUGAUCAGGGUGCUGGUAUGGGAUAUGGCAGUGAUCAGGGCGCAGGUAUGGUGUAUAGCGGUGAUCAGGAUGCCGUUAUGGGGUAUGCAGUGAU